AUGUUCGCUGAAACCUCGGUAGACACAGUUGAGGACCAGGCCCAGCUGGACGCAGCCAAAGCUGCUCAUGCGCGUCGCCGGGAGCAGGUUAGGAGAGCCCAGCGAAAUCACCGUGAAAGGAAGGAAACCUAUGUCAAAGCUCUUGAACUUGAGUUUCGUACACUGCGGGAUGAAGAGCACUCUAUUAUAAUGGAAACACAGGACAUAGCGAAUGAGAAUAAAAUGCUUCGCGAGAUCAUGCUCGCGCAUGAUAUCCCCUUUCCUGGCAAGACCCCGCCUGGCAGACCGCCGACCGUUGUCAAAGUUAUUGGUGACCCUGGCGCCGAGCAGCGACUAGAAGUCUCCGUGGAUGGGGCAAUUAAUAUACAGCGAUUACUCCCUCCCCCCCCUAGUCCUAGCUCUAAAAAAUUUAUGCCCUCCAUGGCAUCGAACACCCACCACCAUGCGCCGAAAGGCGCUUCUCAAACCGCCCAGGAUGAAAUUGUGCUGAAUCGUUAUAGCCAGGAGGGGUCUCCGACGACACCCCCAAACAAACACCCUCUUGGGCUAGAUGCAACCCAGGUUGGAGUUGAUUUUAUUCUUUUGUAA